CAUUUUCACUUUGAGCUGGAAAUACCAUGCUUCUGAAGCUCUGGAAGUGACAGGGGUAGAAGCUGUAACCAUACCCUAAGGUCUAAGCAUUCCCUUUCACAGCUUUUGUUUCAACCCUAACUUGCAUUUUUCUUGAAUUACAAAAUCUUUUAUUGAAUUACAUGUAAAUAAAGUGGUGUGCAGUUAAUUUUCAUUAUGAGCACAAUGACUGAAGUAUGGAUUCACCCUCAGGCAGAGUGUGUGGGACUUAAGGCAGAGCUUAUGGAAUCUCGAGCCAAGGAAGCUGCAUCCAAGGUGGAAAUCACUCACCUCAUUGCACAGUUGCAUCAAAUGCAGUUACGUCUCUUUGAAGAACAGGGGAACUCUUCACCCACGUCAGAAAGGAUUCGGCAGAACCUGGAAGAGGAGGUGAGUCGGCACAUAGAGGAAGGAAAGAGGAACCAAGUGAAAAUGGAGGAACUGUGUCACCUCCAAGAUGAUAAUCGGCGUCUUCGCAAUCUUGUCCUUGCUCUCCAGAGUGAGAUCUAUGGAGCCCGUCUUGCUGCCAAGUACUUGGACAAGGAGCUUGCUGGCAGGAUCCAGCAGAUCCAACUUUUGGCAAGAGAGUUUAGAGGACCAGAGCAUGAUCGAAUGUGGGGACAAUUGGAGGGGGAGAUCCAUCUCCAUCGACACAAGACAGUGAUUCGUGCAUGCCAGAAUCGCACCAAUCACUUUGGACUCCCCAAUCAUGACCUCAGGACUUUGGAUAACCUUGUCAGACGUGUUAUCAUCCACAAGAAUCCCCAUGAAGUGGGCAUGGAUGUCAAGCUACCAUUCUUAUUGUUCCUCCCAGACCACUCAGAUACUCUCCAAGAAAGGGGUGGGCAAGAGCAUGGAGUUCCAAUCUUGAUCUCAGAGCUGCAACCAGAUGGACCAGCUGGUCGAAGUGGGGAACUCUUUGUUGGGGAUGCCAUCCUUGUCUGCAAUGGUGUCGACAUUUCUCAGGCCAUGCACAAGGAGGCAGUGGAGGUGCUGACACAUUCUGACUCCCCUGUGACCCUGGAUGUGAAAUAUGUUGCACCUGAUUCUGAUGGAGAUGAAGAACUCCUUCAUCCCCUUGAUCCCACAUUCUUCAAGUACAAGAUGUUUGAUGAUGAAGUGGUUAGCAACUCAAGCAAGAACAACCUCUUCCCCGUGAAUGGAACAUUAGAGUUUUCAGAGGGGGAAGGGGAAGAAAGCUCUCCUGAUGGAGAUAUGGAAGCCUCCAGGAAGACCCAAAAUCAUUUGGACCCUGAAAUCCAUUCUCAUCCAAGGUGA